CGCGCGGCGGCCAGAAGAACGGGGAAUAGUUCCGUGAACACUCGAAUGACCCGAACUACGAUUCGCAUUGAUCGAACAGGAUGGCGGAUAUCGCGACGCAAACCGUCCCAACGAUCGAAUUUCCGCGAGUCCGUCGACUUCGUCCCCGAAAACCGAAGAUGCAGAGGACAGCCAUGAACGUGAAUGCGGCCGUCGGUGACCUUCUCACCGAACCCCGCGUAGAUGAACCGUUCUACGUGGUAGAUUUGGGCGACAUCUGUCGUAAGGUGAAACUGUGGCGCCUCCAACUGCCGCGGGUCAAGCCUUUCUACGCCAUCAAAUGCAACCCGUUGCCUCAAGUGCUCAAGACCCUUGCACAUUUCGGCCUGGGUUUCGACUGUGCGUCCAAGAGUGAAAUCGACACCGUGCUCAAGGAAACUGGCGUGGAUCCGUCCCGAAUAAUUUAUGCCAAUCCCUGCAAAACCAAGAGCUUCAUCCGCCACGCCCAGAAGAACGGCGUCACUCGAAUGACAUUCGACAACAUGGCUGAGCUGGAGAAAAUUGCCGAAGUCUAUCCCGAAGCCGAGCUAAUACUUCGCAUCAAGGUCGACGACUCUGGCUCCCUGAUGCAAUUCAGCUCUAAAUUCGGUGCGGAUCUCGCCGUUGUCCCAGACCUUCUAGAGACAGCCGCCGACCUCGGACUCAACAUCGUCGGGGUUUCUUUCCACGUGGGAUCCGGCUGCUGCGAGCCGAAUAGUUUCAAAGAGGCGAUCUCAAUCGCUCGAUCCGUGUUCGAUCAAGCCGCACUCUACGGCUUCGACAUGAACGUACUCGAUUUGGGUGGCGGUUUCCCCGGAAACGCCGGGAGUGAGACGCUCUUCGAUAAAUGCGCUCGAGCCAUCGACCGUCAACUUGACGAGUCCUUCCCUUCGGAGGAGUUCCCUGACAUCGAAAUCAUUGCCGAACCUGGACGCUUCAUAGUCGCUUCCGCUUUCGCUUUGUACGCGACUGUUAUCGCGAAGCGGUGCGUUCAAACGGAUCGUUUCAUGUACUACCUCAACGACGGCGUCUACGGCAGCUUCAACUGCAAGGUUUUCGAUCACCACAAUCCUGAACCCGUGGCUGUGGGAAAGUCGAGUACAAAUCCGAGUUUCAUGAGUGUUCUGUGGGGACCCACGUGCGACUCGCUUGAUAAAGUACACGACGGAGUCCAGCUGCCGGAACUCGCAGUUGGAGACUGGCUCCUAUUCAGAGACAUGGGAGCUUACACCUGCAGUGCAGCUUCGGCCUUCAAUGGCUUCGCGAAGCCGAACUUCCAUUUUGUGGUCAGUGCCGCUGCCGAGAUCCUUCUCGGCGAGUCUCCGAUAGGCAGGGAACUCCUGGGAGAUCUUUUGCAGAAGCGAAGCCUCUUUCGGGAUCUCAUCAACAGAAUCCAUGGUUCCGAUUUCGACAGCGGGCGAAUUAUCUGAUUAGAACUUAUCACGCAAGGAUUUGUUGAUAUCGCCAAGGAACCCGACGCGCAGACCUAUAUACGAGAGAACUAUUUCUUCUACGUCUCAACAGAGAACCAAUUUUGCCCUGGAUCCAUUAUGAUAAAUCCCACUAUGUCUAUUGAUGCCACUGGAAGAGCAGGGAGUCACUGAGAUCACCACACAUUUUCAUUGUGAGAAAUUCCUGAGACUAGAUGGCAGUUUUUAAAAUUCAAGAGCGUAAGUGUUGACUGUUGGCUGAGUGAGCACUAUUCUCAAUAAAUCGACUUUAAAUUCAUUUGGAAGAAGAUA